UUUCCUUUUAAAAUCUAAUAGUAAUAAAAAUGUUGCAAUAAAUAGAAAAUCAAAGAAAAAUAAAAGAAACGUGACUCAACAUAUUUAAAAACGCAUUUUUCUUAAGCAAUUCCUUACUAAUAUUAAUUACUGUUUUGUCACUCAAAUCCUUAGACAAAACGCAUUUCUUCAUCGUCGUCGUCUUCUUCUUCUUCUUUUCUCUCUAUCUCUCUCUUGCAGAGCCUUGACUCCUGAAAAUGAACCAGUCCGACUUAGCGUCGACGAAGACGGUAGUCGGAUUCAACCUCUUUAGAUGAAGCGGCCUAUCUUUUCAACCGUGACGUUUUCCGUCACCGUCGCCGUUAUCUUCAUCGUCAUCUUCUUCCUCCCGAUUCUUGCCACCGCCUUAGGUUCAGGCUCAACUUACGCCGUCGUCUACGGCUCCGACACCGUCUGCGCCUUGAUUUCCGGCCAGCCCACACAGCGUGUCCUCUGUUACGACACGCGCCUUCGUACCACCGUCACUUUAAAUCCCGGCGUCUCCUUCUCCUCCAUCGCCGCCGGAGAGAAUUAUCUCUGCGGUGUACGCUCCGGUGGCUACAGUCUUCUCUGCUGGGAAAACAGCGGGAGCUACACUUUCAACCCUAAGCGAAUCUACCAAAAUGACACCGUUUUGCUCGAGAAUCUCUCCGUCGGCGACAGCCAAAUCUGCGCCACCGUUAACGGCACAAAUUUCCUGAAAUGCUGGAGAAGUGAUCAAUCAACGCCGAAAAACGAAGGAUUCCGGUCAAUUUCCUCCGGCGUUGGUUUCUCCUGCGGCGUCUCGAUUCGAAACAACCGAAUCCUUUGCUGGGGAAGAGAUUCGAUGAAAUCGGGUCGGAUCCAAACCGGAUUCGGGAACACGACGAUGGUAAGCAUAUCUGCAGGCGAAUCACACGCUUGUGGAUUAAACUCUACAGGGAAUUUGAUUUGCAUCGGAAACAACGAAUCUGGGCAGCUCAAUGUUCCAUCGAAUCAACCUUACCAAUACUCUGAGCUCUCUCUCGGAUCGAAUUUCACUUGCGCGAAGCGAAAUUCGAACAAUUCCGUGAUUUGCUGGGGAGGAGGAGCAGAGAGAUUCAACAAUGUCACGGAACAAAUCUCAUUCGAGUCAAUUUCUUCCGGGCCGGGUCUAAUCUGCGGGUUAAUUUCCAGUAAUCUCUCCGUCAUGUGUUGGAACCCUUCCAAUUUCUCAAGAAUCUUCCUCCCUUUCCCAGAAAUUUUACCAGGUCCCUGCGUCGAAUCAUCAUCUCUUUGCUCUUGUGGUGUGUAUCCACAAUCCGAUAACCUCUGUUCUGGUUCUGGCUCGAUCUGUAAAUCAUGCCCGAUCCUUCCGGCGAGUCCUCCGAUUCAAUUCUCCUUUCCACCACCGUCACAGUCAAAUUCUCCUCCGUCGAAAGCCUUCACCGGAGGAUUAUUAGCGUUUGCGAUCGUUGGAUCAAUCGGAGCAUUCGCAGGGAUCUGUAGUGUGGUUUACUGUUUAUGGACAGGAGCUUGCUUGGGGAAGAAGAAAGUACAUAACUCGGUCCAACCGACGAUUACUCGCGGCGGUUCAAAUAGCCGGUCAAACAGCUCGCCACCGUCUCGAUCGUUGACCAUAAGACGUCAAGGCUCGAGAAUGCUAUCGAUGAGGAGACAGAGAAGCGGGACAUCGUCGAUGAAACACGGAGAUAAAGCGGAAGAAUUCUCCUUCUCGGAGCUCGCUUCCGCCACCGGAAACUUCUCUCUAGAGAACAAAAUCGGUUCCGGGAGCUUCGGCGUUGUUUACAGAGGAAAACUCAACGACGGGAGAGAAGUAGCGAUCAAACGCGGGGAAGUAAACGCGAAAAUGAAGAAGUUUCAGGAGAAAGAAACCGCGUUUGAUUCGGAAAUCGCGUUUUUAUCGAGGCUUCACCAUAAGCACUUGGUGAGGCUCGUUGGGUACUGCGAGGAAAGAGAAGAGAGACUUCUGGUCUACGAUUACAUGAAGAACGGUGCGCUUUACGACCAUUUACACGACAAGAACAACGUCGAGAAACACAGCAGCUUGAUCAAUUCGUGGAAAAUGCGGAUCAAAAUCGCGUUAGACGCGGCUAGAGGAAUCGAGUAUCUGCACAAUUACGCGGUCCCGCCGAUUAUACACAGAGAUAUAAAGUCGUCUAACAUCUUGCUCGACUCGAAUUGGGUCGCUAGGGUUUCGGAUUUCGGGUUAUCGUUAAUGGGUCCGGAGCUGGGGAAAGAUCAUCAGCACCGUCCGAUGAAAGGCGGAACGGUCGGAUACAUCGAUCCGGAAUAUUACAGUCUCAACGUUUUGACGGAUAAGAGCGACGUGUAUGGGCUCGGGGUUGUGUUGUUGGAAUUGUUGACCGGGAAAAGAGCGAUUUUUAAGAACGGUGGCGAUGUGGAGGAAGAAGGGUGUGUUCCGGUGCAUUUGGUGGAUUAUUCGGUGCCGGCGAUCACGGCGGAUGAGUUGGGUCGGAUUUUGGAUCCGAGAGUUGGAUCGCCGGAGUUAGGGGAAGGAGAUGCGGUGGAGCUGGUGGCUUACACGGCGAUGCAUUGUGUGAAUGCGGAGGGGAGAAAUAGACCGACGAUGACUGACAUUGUCGGGAAUUUGGAGAGAGCAUUGGAUUUGUGUGGGGAUAGUCAUGGGAGUAUCUCUUCUAGUGGCAUUUGCUCUAUUGUCUCCGAUUGAGAGAGAUUCAAACUCAAAAUCUUUGACUGAUUUUUUACAUAGAGAUUUUUUUUUUCUAAAGAAGAUUUUAGUUGUUUUUCUUAUAUUUUUUUUUGGCUUUUUUUUGGAUGAUUGUUUUUGUAUUUUUGUAAAUAAUGUUUAGCUUAGCUGCUUAGGAGAGUCUGAAAUAUUCAAUGUUCGUGGUCUAAACUUCUGGUUGGGAAAUGUAGAAUUUGGACAGCGGAGAGCUAAAUGAUUAAAAUUGGAUUGUUUUAGAAAGAAAAUAUAUGAAGGAAGAUGGGGAAUUAUCAAGAGAAUUAUGAUUUCGUUCUUU